AUGCGCAGCAACCCCGAGCUGCCCCCAACCUGCCCGGAGCUCGGGCUCUUCUUGGGAGAAGGUGAAAUUACAGACUGUGCAGAGAGGCUUUCAGCCAGCACUGUGGAGAAACUAGGGAUAAGAACAUCCAAUUUAGAGGACCCCCUUACCUCUGGGAAUGUUUCCUUGCUGUGUGAGAUGGAGAUUGCUGAGUUGUCGCUGCAUGGAAAUGCAGACAGAAUUCUAGCUGCAGAUUCAAUGGAAAGCUUUCUUUUGGCAAAAGCAAACUUUAAGGCCCUGCUGCUGCUGGGUGGCAUCGCUCUCUCCUGCCUGGCUCUGGACCUGCUCUUCCUCCUGUUCUACUCGUUCUGGCUGUGCUGCCGCCACCGCAAGAGCGAGGAGCACCUCAAUGCUGACUGCUGCUGCACAGCCUGGUGUGUCAUCAUCGCCACCCUCGUCUGCAGUGCUGGAAUUGCUGUGGGCUUCUAUGGGAAUGGGGAGACCAGUGACGGCAUCCACCGGCUGACGUACUCUCUGCGCCAUGCCAACCGCACCGUGGCUGGCGUCCAGGACCGGGUACUGGACACUGCAGUGGCCCUGAACCAAACAGUGGAACCAAACUUGCUCGUCCUGGAGGAGAUGUUCAAGAAGCAGACAGACUACCUGCAUAUUGUCCAGAAACUGCAAAGUCUCUUGGAUGAUCUAGUCAGGCAAACAACUGAGAUCCCCUUUUGGAAGAAUGACGAGCUGUCUCUGGAGGAGCUGGCAAUUCAGAUUGACCUCUAUGACUGGUACAGGUGGCUGGGAUACCUGGGCCUGCUCCUGUUUAAUGUCCUGAUAUGUUUGCUGGUGCUGUUUGGGCUCAUUAGAAACUCCAGGGCCAUUCUUAUGGGGGUGUGCUUGCUUGGGGUGUUUGCCCUGAUUGUCAGCUGGGGAUCCCUGGGCCUGGAGCUGGCUGUCGCUGUGGGCUCCAGUGACUUCUGUAUCAACCCUGAUGCUUAUGUCUCCAAAGUGGUUGAAGAGAAUGCAGUGCUCAGUGCUGAGACUCUCCGCUAUUACAUGACCUGUAGUGCUGGCUACCCCAACCCUUUCCAGCAGAAGCUGUCAGGAAGUCACAAGGCUUUGGUAGAAAUGCAGGAUGAUGUGUUGGAGCUCAUGAGGUCAGCAAGCAAAGAGCACCCCACCUCCAAGGAGUAUCUUACUCGGAUCCAGGAGGUUUUGAAUUCAACAGAGAUCAACUUGCAGCAGCUGACAGCUUUAGUAGACUGUCGGAGUCUGCACUUGGAUUAUGUCCAGGCUCUGACAGGCUUCUGCUAUGAUGGAGUGGAAGGCCUCAUCUACCUGGUUCUCUUCUCCUUUGUCACAGCCCUCAUGUUCAGUUCCAUUGUCUGCAGCGUCCCACACACUUGGCAGCAAAAGAGAGGCUCAGAUGAUGAUGGGGAAGAAGAAUCAGCUGCUCAAGGGAGCAGACAGACACACGAUAAUCUGUACAGAGUGCACAUGCCCAGCCUCUAUAGCUGUGGCAGUAGUUAUGGCAGUGAGACCAGCAUCCCAGCAGCUGCACACACAGUCAGCAAUGCUCCCGUCACGGAGUACAUGAGCCAGAAUGCAAAUUUCCAGAAUCCCCGUUGCGAGAAUACCCCGCUCAUUGGCCGGGAGUCCCCACCUCCCUCAUUGUAUUUGGCUGCCAUGGACAGUAGCAGCCAUAUGAGCUGGCAGCUUAAGCCCUCGGACAGUGCACGGACAUACUGGUAACAGCGCCCGCAAAUGGAACAGUACACCUCCAGCAUGAGAGCCAAAUACCUCGCCACCAACCAACCUCGUCCAGAUGCUGGCAGUGUGCAUUAAAAU